AUGACGGGACAGACCGAUGUGGACAUACCCGAAACAGGAGCCAUCUUCACAUUUGGAAAAAGCAGCUUUGCAGACAAUGAGCCCAGUAUAUUCUGGCUGAAGAAUGACCAUCCAUUGCAUAUAUCCUGUGGUGGAGAGCACACUGCUGUCAUCACAGAAAAUGGGAGGCUGCUCAUGUUUGGUGGUAAUACUUGGGGCCAACUGGGUCUGGGAUUUAAGCCCGCUGCCAACAAACCUGCCUCUGUGAAAGCCUUAAAGUCCGAGAAGGUGAAGCUUGUAGCUUGUGGGAGAGAUCACACAAUUGUCUGCACAUGGCGGGGUAGUGUGUAUGGUGCUGGCAGUAACCAAGACGGGCAGCUUGGUUUGGGCCACUGCAAAAACACUACAUCCUUUCACCUGCUGCAUCCCUUCUGUGACCAAGCACCAAUCAGGAUGCUUUCUGCAGGGUGCAACACCUCAGCUGCCUUAACAGAGGAUGGAAGGCUGUUCAUGUGGGGAGACAACUCCGUGGGUCAGAUUGGUUUAGGAGACGAGGGAUUUUCAUCAGAACCCAGAGAGGUGAAUGUUGGAGAAGCGGUGAUGUGGGUCUCCUGUGGGUACCACCACUCAGCAUUUGUCACAGUGGCUGGAGAUCUUUACACAUUUGGUGAGAGUGCAAACGGACGGCUUGGUCUCCAUGUGGAGCAGCUUGCCAAUCACAGAGUCCCUCAGCGGGUGCAAGGGAUUCUGGGCCAUGUCACCCAAGUGUCCUGUGGAGGGGAACACACUGUGGCACUUACAGAGGAGAACGUGUACACGUUUGGCAGGGGUCAGUACGGUCAGUUGGGCCAUGGAACGUUUCUGUUUGAAGUUGAUUUGCCAAAACCACUGGAGCACUUUUCUAACAGCAGCGUCAGACACAUCGCUUGUGGAGGAAACCACACUGCUGUGAUCACAGACAGUGGGCUGCUCUACACAUUUGGUAAUGGUCGUCAUGGAAAACUGGGGUUAGGGGAAGAGAACUUCAUCAACCAGUUCAGCCCUACACUUUCCACACGUUUUCUCAAGUACAAUGUUGAGUUGGUGUCCUGCGGUGGUAACCACAUGCUGGUACUGGCUACACCCAGACCACCAGAGAACCAAGAAGUGGUGCCAGAGAAGGAUGUCACAGUCAGUGACAACUUUUUGGAGUCAAGUUACGCAGAAAUUCUCCUGCUAGACACUUCGACUCAUCCAACUCCACUAGUUCCACUCUCAGCCCUCGCUGCUCGAGCACGCCACAGAGAAAAAGUGAGAACCUACACCUUGAUGUGUAUCUUCCAAACAUAA